UGUGAGGGUUGAUCGGAUGUGCUCAUGGAUUACAUGUAAAAAAAAUGAACGGUAUUUUAGUGUUUUCAUUUUAUUUUAUAAGUGGAGCGAGAAAUGUAUUGAAUCAACGAAGAUCUGUUUUUUUAGUUUUGUCAGUGAAUUAUUUUUUUCUAAGUAGAAAAAACGGUCCAAACAUUUUACGUGGUCGUCAAUGUAUUUUCAGUCAGUAUAUUUUAUUUAAAUGUGGUUAAUUGAAUUUAUCAUCGUAAUGAAAAACUACCGAUAAACUAUAUAAAAAUAAACGUAUAGUGAUUUGGUAGUUUUGUCCUAAUUCGAAAAGUAAUAAUCCUUGAAAGUCUCAAUUUCAAAUACAUUUUGGUCUUGGGAAUUGGGGUUUUGGAAAAACUAGUUUUGAAAUCCAUACCAAUCGCAACGACCACAAUAAUUGUAGACCGUUGCAGAUGGCGUUGGCUGGAAUAAACGAAGAGAACGUUCUGCAGGAGAACACGACCAUCCGGUCGCUUAACGCCACGUACGCGGUGCACAAAAUUAUCGGCACCGGUCGUUUCUCGUGCGUCUACAGAGCGACGGAGUCGGGCACGGGCAACGCGGUGGUGAUCAAGGCGCCGAACGAUUCGGACUCCAGCAGACGGCUGGACCGGAAACUGUACCUCAAGGAGCUGGACUUUUUGAACAGGCUCAAGUCCAGUCAGUUGCGGGCCCGGUACGUCCGGUUGAGGGACACUGUACUGCUCAAAUCGGGAAUGAUGUGUUUCGUCAUGGAGAGACUGAGCAUCACCCUGCAGGCCGUGCUGCACAACAUCGGCCCGCUGCCAAUGUGCAUGUGUCGGCCGAUCGUCAGACAGAUCGCACAAGGCUUGGCCGGUCUGAAAGUUUUCGGGAUCGUGCACGCCGACCUCAAGCCCGACAACAUAAUGUUCACGUCCGGCAUAGGGACCGAUCUUCUGGUGAAGAUCAUCGAUUUUGGUUGGGCGUUCGACAUGAAGAACGUGCACACCAUGCACCAAAAGCAGAUCCAGGCGAUCCCGUACCGCGCGCCCGAGGUGUGCUUCCAAGGCAGCCUGGACCACGGCCUGGACAUGUGGGCCCUCGGAUGCAUCAUGCCGGAAAUCGUUACCGGCGUCAAGCUGUUCGACGUGGACGAGGAGGAACUGUUGAUCAAAAUGAUUAUACGCACGCGGCCCGUUCCCGAGUACUUGAUAUCGGAUUACCCAACACAUUUCUACGACACUCAACUCCCCGUCGGUUGGAUUCAAUUUCAGAAUUUGCACUAUGACGUGAUCGAGCAAAACGACCAGCAAUGCUGUGAGGACAUCAACUGGUUCAUGGACUUGGUAUAUCAAAUGUUAGUUGUAAUGCCGGAUACGCGUAUAACAGCGGUCGACGCACUCGCGCAUCCGUUCCUGACGAUCAUGCAUUUCAUCAAGUACCCGAGCACAGCGAUGACCAAGAAAAACGCCAAGUUAAUGGAAUCAUGUAAGCUGGACAUUUGA